AUGGCUGACCUAGUUUUAUCCCCUGCUUUGCAAGUGAUCUUUGACAGACUAGCAUCUCCAGUCCUGCAAAAGUUUGCUGAUAUCUGGGAUUUCAAGGACAACCUCCAAAGCCUACAUGAAACCUUGCUGCUGGUUCAAGCUACUCUUGAAGAUGCAGAAGAGCAACAACUGACCAACAAAGCUGUCAGACGUUGGUUGUCAAAACUAAAGAAUGCAGCUUGUGAUGCUGAGGACCUUCUUGACUUCUAUACCUCUAGAGAAACUUUAAUGAGUAUAGAACAUGUAUAUGGUGAUUUCCCUUCCCAAAUUAGAAGAGGUACAGAUGCUGAAAAGAUUAGAAAGAUGCUCCAUGUGUUGGAGAAGACUGUAAAAGAUGGACUCUUUAAGUUUAGACGGCCUACCGUCGUAAAUCGUCAAUCCACCAUAAGGGAGACAAGCUCAUUUGUGAUCAAGUCAGAGAUAUAUGGAAGAGAGGAUGACAAAGAGAAUUUGGUCAAACUGUUACUAUCUUCUCAACAUUGCCAGGAAUUGGGAUACGCAGUUUGUAUUCCAAUAGUUGGUAUUGGAGGAAUUGGUAAGACAACUCUUGCUCAAUUAGCAUAUAAUGAUGAGAGGGUGAUUCAACACUUCGAUGCUAGAAUGUGGAUCUUUGUUUCUGAUAUUUUCAAUGUCAAAAAGAUAAUGAAGACAGUUAUCGAGUCUGCAACGAAGGAGGAAUGCAAGUUCUUGGAGAUUGACCUACUUCAGUCUCGGCUUUGGCAUUUGCUACAUAACAAAAGAUAUCUCAUUGUGUUAGAUGAUGUUUGGACUGAAGAGCAUGAAGAUUGGGAUGAACUGAAGCCUUUGUUUAGGGGGGGUGUUGAUGGAUGCAAAAUCAUUCUCACUACCCGCAGUAAAAAGGUUGCAUUCAUGAGGGACUCCCCAAUUUCUCCAUAUUAUUUGAAGGGUUUAGCUGAGGAUGAUUGCUGGGCUUUGUUCAAGCAACGGGCUUUUAGGCGAGGAGAAGAGGAGAAGUAUACAAACCUUUCGCUGAUUGCGAAGCAGAUUGUCAAAAAAUGUGGAGGUGUACCACUAGCGGUAAAAAGUUUGGGAAGUUUGAUGCGCUUUAAAAGAGAGGAACAACAGUGGUUUUUUAUGCAAAAUAGUGAAUUUUGGAGAUUAGAUGUAUGCCAACAUAGAGUUUUGCCAGCUCUAAUGCUGAGUUAUCUUCACCUGCCAUCACAUCUUAGACAAUGCUUUGCAUUCUGCUCAAUAUUUCCCAGAAAUUAUGAAUUUGAGAAGCAGAAGUUAAUUUAUCUAUGGAUGGCAGAAGGCUUAAUUGUACAACAAGGAAGCAAGCGACCAGAAGACAUUGGUAAUGAGUACUUGACUGACCUGCUGUGGAUGUCUUUCUUUCAAGAAGUAGAGCAAUGCCAUGGUGGCAGAACAAUUCGAUACAAAAUGGAUGAUAUCAUUCAUGAUCUUGCACGAUAUGUUGCUGAAAAGGAAUAUGUGAUACUUGAACAGAAUCUUCCAACAAAUAGUCCAGCUCCACCACAAAUUCGUCACUCCUCUGUUGUUUACAAAUACAGGGAAGUUACAAUUCCAGCAGCUCUGUAUGAAGCAGAUCAUUUACGAAGUCUCCUAUUGAUUGGAGAAUCCGGCUCGUUAGAGAAGAAUAAUCAAAUAUUUUCAAGUUUUGAAUACUUACGUGUGCUAGAUCUGAACAACUGUGAUGUUUCUACUUUGCCGGAAUCAUUGGGUGGCUUGAUAUGUUUAAGGUAUCUUGACCUUUCUUACACACCUAUCACCAAGUUACCUGAAAGCACAUGCAAUCUGUGUUCUUUGCAGACUUUAGUACUAUUUGGUUGUGAUAAACUUGAAUAUUUGCCGUUUGUUGGAAAGAUGACAAGCCUCAGACAUCUUAAUAUAACUGGAUGUGCAAGUUUGUCUAAGAUGCCUGCUGGGAUAGAAAGGUUAUAUCAACUUCAGACGUUGCCAUUAUUUGUUGUUAGCAAAUUAUAUCAGAACCCUGAUAUUGGUAUUCUAAAAGAUUUAAAUCUUCAUGGCAAGUUGAACAUUACACACUUGGAGAAUGUAAGAAAUAAAGAAGAAGCACGAGCAGCUGGUUUGAUGAGAAAGAAAAAUCUUGAGUCAUUGGGAUUAUAUUGGGGAGGUUUUGAAAAUGUGGACAAAUCAUUCACCAAAAAACAAUAUGAACCUGUUAUCAAUCUUGAUGCAAGAGAGGAAGAGCUGGUGCUAGGAAUUCUUCAUGGCCUGGAACCACCUCGUAAUCUGAAAAAACUUGUUAUAAAUGGAUAUCCAGGAAUCAUAUUUGAUGGUUGGGAUUUCCCAGAACAUUUGAUUUCACUUGAUUUUACCAACAGUAACAAUUUAGAACAUCUUCCUGCCCUUGGGGAUCUGGAGCUACUUCAUACUCUUUCUCUGCAUGGAAUGAAACGUGUCAAGCGCAUUGGUAGAGAGUUCUAUGGUCGCCAGAGAAACGCACAGUCAUCACUUGAAGAACUAUCACUCAGUGAUUUUCCAAACUUGGAAGAGUGGUCAACUGGAAAUAAAGAAAAUGCAUUCCCUCAGUUAACGAAACUAAUUGUUAAAAGAUGUCCCAAGUUAGUACAUAUACCAUUGUCUAUGUCCCUUCGACAUCUGGAGCUGCGGGAUUGUAAUCUAACAUUGGUUUCCAUAGCAAAUUUAAGUUUGCUUUCUGUGCUUGUUAUAGAAAAAAUUCCAGAGCUAGUAUCUCUCCCCGAAGGGCUUUUUGCAUCAGCUCGUCUGUCUUCUCUGAAGAUCUUGUCUUGCCCCAAACUAGUUUCACUGCCUACAGAGAUAGGAAACCUUUCUGCUCUGAAAUCGUUGACCAUUGGUUGGUGUGAAGAGCUGUACACUCUGCCAAGUUUGCAGAACAUGAAAGCUCUGGAGUCACUGGAGAUUAGUGACUGUCACAGUCUAAUAUCCAUGCCAGAUGGUGGAAUUGGUGGCUUGAGUUCCCUUCGAACUUUGUCCAUCGAAAACUGCAGUAGUCUUACAUCUCUUUCGUGUAGUUUCGAACAUCUCACGUUGCUUGAACACUUGACCUUUAUGUACUGUCCCAGUCUUGGUUCUUUUCCAGAGGGUGUGCAACACCUCUCUUCACUUCGAAGUUUGACUAUUUUGAGUUGUCCUUGGUUUGAUUUUCUGCCUGAAGGGUUGCAAAAUGUCAGGACCUUGAACUGCAUGGAAAUUAGUAGCUGCCCUGAUCUAACAGCUUUGCCAGAAUGGUUUGAGGAUCUUGAUUCUCUUAGAUCUUUGACGAUAUCUGACUGUCCUAAUUUAGAACAAUUGCCACCAGGUCUCAAGCAUCUGACUAAACUCCAGCACCUCUCCAUUCAAGAAUGUCCAGAGCUUGAGGAAAGAUGUAGACAAGGAAGUGGUGAGGAUUGGUUUAAAAUAUCCCAUGUCCCGCAUAAGUACAUUGGAUCACCUCAGGUCAGUCAGUCCGGAGAAGCAAGCACAUCUGGCAGCUGUUCUGUGCAAACAUCUUCUCAUUAA